GGAAGUAAACAAUGCGAUCACGUGAUCCGAAGGCGCGCUGAACAGAUGCCCCGCGUGUCUACUCUGCUCAACAGCUUUACAAGAACAUCAUCUAAGAUUUUAAACGUAAUCCAGGUAAGAGUAACUGCAUUUCAUCUAAAGACUAGUUGUUUUCAUUGGAUGGAAGAAUGCCAGAUGAUAUUAUUCGCUCUGCAACCUACACGGUGCCAUGUGAAGACUAUGUCCAUGUAGUGGAGUUCAGUCCAUACGACUGUGGCUCACCUGCUUCACUGCUUGCUUAUGGAGGAAACCAGCAUGUGGUUGUGGCUGCCUGUCGUUUUAAGGAGGAAGACACAGAGAUCGAGGGUGUAGAGUUUAACACUUUGCAAGUUUUCAUGCAAGGUGUACGCGUGGACGCCAUCGCAUGGAGCCCUGAAACCCGAUUGGACAAGCUGCCUCAGGUCAUCAGGUUUUGCACUGCAGCAGCUGAUAAAAAGCUCAGGCUUUGGACGUCAGACCUCCAGAACAAGCAUGAAUCAAAGGUCAUGGAGGGCCACACCAGCUACAUUAACCAGUUAGUGUUUGAACCUAUAGAAGGAAAGCAAAUCGCUUCUGUCAGUGAUGACCACACUUGCAGGGUGUGGGACCUUGAUGGUAAUGAAACCAUUUCAUUUACACUGCGUUCACCUGGUGUAGGCAUUUGUUGGCACCCCGAGGAGGCCUUUAAGUUAAUGGUGGCAGAGAAGAAAGGCACUAUACGAUUCUAUGACCUUGUUGCACAACAUGCCAUUCUGUCUUUGGACAGCGGGCAGGUGCCGCUCAUGUCAGCUGACUGGUGUCUCACAAACACAGUUAAAGUCGGGGCAGUUGCUGGCAACGACUGGGUGAUCUGGGACAUUACCCGUUCCAGCUAUCCGCUUGAGAAGCGACCAGUUCAUGUUGACAGAGGAAGGCAUUUCAGAUGGUCAAGGGCACAAGAAAAUCUUUUCGCCACCACGGGCUAUCCAGGAAAAAUCGCCAGUCAGUUAUUGGUGCAUCACUUGGUGCAUCCACAGCCUGUAAUGAUUGGUUCAGCUUCUGUUGGGGCGGGCCUAAGCUGGCAUCGGACCUUGCCACUGUGUGUAAUUGGCGGAGACCGAAAGCUGUUCUUCUGGAUGACAGAGAUAUAAUCUGGACAGCAGUACAUCAGCAAAAAACUUUCAUUUUCACUGUUUUUUUUUUAAUAAAGUCACAUAUUUUUCA